GUGUAUUUUCAACAAAAUUCAUGCUACGUGUUGUAUUUUGUAGUCUUGAAUGGUGGUCAUUUGAGCUGCUUAUCUUGCUAUCCGGGCUAUUACCGAAUCCCCAACUUGAAACUUCAGUGCUAUCCAUAUGCCUGAACACCAUUUCGACCCUUUAUGCAAUUCCAUUUGGUCUCUCUGGUGCUGUAAGCACUCGAGUUUCUAAUCAAUUAGGAGCUGGAAAUCCUCAAGGGGCUCGUGUUUCCGUGGUUUCUGUAAUGCUCAUUGCAGCCACAGAGACAAUAUUAGUAAGCACAACUCUAUUUGCCUGUCGAAACGUAUUUGGCUACAUUUUCAGCAACGAGAAGGAAGUCGUGGACUAUGUCGCAAACAUGGCUCCUCUUCUAUGUCUAUCGGUCAUAACUGACAGCUUGCAAGGAACCCUUUCGGGUGUCGCGAGGGGAUGUGGUUGGCAGCAUAUCGGAGCCUAUGUCAAUCUUGCUUCAUUUUACCUUUGUGGAAUUCCUAUUGCUGCUUCAUUGGCUUUUUGGCUCAAUUUUCGGGGGAAAGGCUUGUGGAUCGGCAUACUUUCUGGUGCAGCUCUGCAGACUAUUUUACUUUCUGUGAUAACAUGCUGCACAAAUUGGAAAAAACAAGCUGCAAUGGCAAGGGAGAGGCUUCAUGCUGAUGAAAAAUUAUCUAUUGAUAACAGGCUGAUGUAAUUGAGAGGCCUGUAGUUGAAUUCAACAACACUGUUGAAAGUCUUAAAGAAGUUA